AUGACCGCCUUCCAAUCAUUUGACAAUCGCUUCAACAUGGAUUUUCCAUUGGAACCCCAGACCCCCAAGAAGAAGACAAGUCAGAGUAGUGAGGACAGUGUCUCGGGAAAGAGUGCCACCACCACUACCACCACAACUACAUCCAACAACUUGAACAACAUGAGAAGAAGAUAUUCCUUGGCUGCUUUUGGAAAAAACGAACCUGCCUCAGAUUCGUGUGACUCAGCCGUUCAAACAGAUCCAGUGAUCGAGGACCCCGUCAACGAGGAGAAGGAUUCUAAGAAGAAGAACAAGAAUAAGAAGCACAAGAACUCUUUCUCGAAGGGAUUCUUCGAGUUCAUGAACUUCACGGACAACUUCAAUAGUAAUAACAACAUUGGGAUUUCAUCCAGCGCUCCCUCGACAUCGCAAGUUCCAACCUACAAAGUUCUUCCCGGCAAAGUGUCACAAGAUCCAAAUUUAGGCGUUGGCUCCGGGUCAACGCCUUCAUUCCGCGCUUCUUACGAUAUUUUGGAAGUGGACGAGGCCGACGACGGCCUUCAAAUGCCGCCCAUGAUCGCCAUUCCGAAGCUGCCCAAGGGCAAGAAGCUACUCGAUACCACCGUGCCCGAGGACGUGGACAGUCUGUUCAAGUCAGUAUUUGAGAAUGACACCUUCUUCGAGAUUGUCGGAAGCAAAGCCUACGAGGAAUUCAGACACUACCAAUGCUCGAGUUGGGCCCAAGGUCGGUCCACAGGUCUUUUGGAACGGACCAUGCGUUAUGAGAUGAGCAAGCAUAUUGCUUUCAGUCGCCAGAACGUAUCCGUGGAACAAACCCAGAUCAGACAGCCGUAUUGCCGAAGAGGGGUGGUGUAUGGCGUGGAUACCAUCACCAUCAAUUCCGGAGUGGUGUAUUCGGAUUACUUUCAGCUCAAUAUCCACUAUCGAUUCGUUCAAGAUGAGGAUCGACCGCUGACCCACUCACGAUUGAUUGUGGUGGCGGAUAUCGAAUUUGUCAAGCCCUGUUUGUUCAAGGGUAGGAUCGAGUCCGAAGCUUGGAGCGGCAUGAAGAAAUACUACGAGAUCGUGGACAAAGAAGUACAAUUGGAGAAAGAGUAUAUAGACUAUCGAGACUCUAACGAGAACUUAACCUCAUCUAACGCUAAGCUUCUUAAAGACUCCCUAAAUCGAAGAAUCUUGAAAGAGUCUCACUAUAGCGCCCAUUCCGGAGGUCUACUUCCAAAUCAACCGCACAUGUCACAUGAAGUCAUUCUACUGGCUUUCUUUCUCAUCAUCCUGAUCCUGUUCAUGAUCACGUUGGCCAUGUUCAAGCUCAAUACCGCCAUUGGUUUGCUUGAUCAGCGUCUUAGCCGGAUAGAGGAGCUCCUCGAGCGGAACGGCAAAAUUUUUAACCUUAUUUUAGAUGUGGACCGCAGCAACAGCAACAACUACAACGACGAUACAAUCAGAUGAACAUGUUUACGCCUUACUUAAUCAGAGAAGAGACCCUUGUGAUACCAAAUGGACCAAAUCUAUCGACAUCGUGAUCGAGCGCAAAACUUGUACUUGUUCUAUUGUGAAAUCCUGUAAAGUUUAUAAAUAUAUUUUCCAACUUGUACUUAAAAAGAGUACAGCUUCACAAGAACAGUAAA